ACCCCACCCCUGAUCUCCGGAUUCCGUGUGGGGUCUAUUUAAGGGCCUCUGCUUAAUGUGAGCCUUCGUCCCAGUGGAAGCAUCCUGCAGCAGUACACCUUGACCACCAGACAAAAAGCCUAAUCAUGUGUGACGACGAUGAAACCACCGCCCUCGUGUGCGACAACGGCUCUGGCUUGGUCAAGGCUGGAUUCGCUGGAGACGAUGCUCCCCGUGCUGUCUUCCCUUCCAUUGUUGGAAGGCCCCGCCACCAGGGUGUGAUGGUGGGUAUGGGUCAGAAGGACAGCUACGUCGGUGAUGAAGCCCAGAGCAAAAGAGGCAUUCUGACUCUGAAAUACCCAAUUGAGCAUGGCAUMAUCACCAACUGGGAUGAUAUGGAGAAGAUCUGGCACCACACUUUUUACAAUGAGCUGCGUGUGGCCCCCGAGGAGCACCCCACCCUCCUCACCGAGGCCCCACUCAACCCCAAAGCCAACAGGGAGAAGAUGACUCAGAUUAUGUUUGAGACUUUCAACGUUCCUGCCAUGUAUGUGGCCAUCCAGGCUGUUCUGUCUCUGUAUGCAUCUGGUCGUACAACUGGUAUUGUGCUGGACUCUGGUGAUGGUGUGACCCACAACGUCCCCAUCUAUGAGGGCUAYGCUCUUCCUCAUGCCAUCAUGCGUCUCGAUCUGGCCGGUCGUGACCUGACCGACUACUUGAUGAAGAUCCUGACUGAGCGUGGUUAUUCCUUUGUCACAACUGCUGAGCGUGAGAUUGUGCGUGACAUCAARGAGAAGCUGUGCUAUGUGGCUCUUGACUUCGAGAAUGAGAUGGCCACCGCUGCCUCCUCGUCCUCCCUGGAAAAAAGCUACGAGCUGCCUGACGGUCAGGUCAUCACCAUCGGUAAUGAGCGUUUCCGUUGUCCAGAGACUCUCUUCCAGCCUUCUUUCAUUGGUAUGGAGUCUGCCGGUAUCCACGAGACAGCGUACAACAGCAUCAUGAAAUGUGACAUUGACAUCCGUAAGGACUUGUACGCCAACAAUGUGCUGUCUGGUGGUACCACAAUGUAUCCUGGUAUUGCUGACCGUAUGCAAAAGGAGAUCACAGCCUUGGCUCCAAGCACCAUGAAGAUCAAGAUCAUUGCUCCACCUGAGAGAAAGUACUCUGUCUGGAUUGGUGGUUCCAUCCUGGCUUCCUUGUCCACUUUCCAGCAGAUGUGGAUCAGCAAACAGGAAUACGAUGAAGCUGGACCCUCUAUUGUCCACAGGAAAUGCUUCUAAACACAUGUCCACCUCUUUGCAUCCAUGUAUCUGUACACCUUUAACUCUUGUAUAUACAUGUCUCUGUUCUGUUGUAAUAAAGAUAAGCCUUUGUGAGAGUCA